AUGAAAGAAAUUGCUGGGGAUAGUAACACAUGUACAUCUGUCGUACGUGACAUUUGUUCCCUAUUCACCAUUUUACAAAAUGUGAAGAGUAAGAAAACCAUUUUGAACAAACUAACAGAGUUGUUUUUGUUGUUAUAUAAUGAACGGAUGAAGCGAAAAUUGUUAUAUGAUUCGACAGUUGCUAACUGGAGUUCCACAGGUAGCAGUUGUGACGAAGAGGAUAAUACCAGUUUGAGGAGAAUUUUCAAGACAGAUUUGAUUAUACUUCAAAAGAGUAGGAAAAACUAUACAAAAUAUGAACAGUGGCUAAAUGAAUGUUAUGAGAAAUUCCUAAAUAUGUUAUUUCAGUUAUUGAAACAUAAUGAUGAAGUUUUUGUGACUAAGAGCUUGUCUCUCCUUUUUGGCAGUCUACAGUUUGAAUCCAAGAUAUAUGACAAAAUAAUUCGAGAGAUGGAAAAAAAAAAAAGUAAAAUAGGGAAUAAUAACGAUACUGCGUUUGAUAACUAUGCAUCAAGUGAUCUGUAUAUGAAUGAAGGGGAUGAUAAGGUUUUUCCCACUCAGAAUAAUCAAAGGACAUUUAUUGAAUCAAAUAAGAGGCAAAAUAAUUCUAGAAAAGCAUUUCCUAUUAAAUUAUUUAGAAAAAUAAUAUUCCAAUUAUUAAGAAUUGACAAUAUUAGUGUCAGCACAAUGAAAUACAUUUGCAAAAGUUACUUGUGUUUUUAUUAUGAUUUAAAUUAUUAUUUUUUACACAUUCUUAAAACGUUCUGUGUUUUAAAAAAAGGUAUUUGGAAUGAAAAGUUUUACAGCGACGAUGAUAAUGUUUGUUAUGGUGAAGAUUUGUCAAAAGAGAGAGAAAAUAAAAAAGAAUUGGAGAAGAACCAAGGGCCAAGAAACUGUCAUGAAGAUAUACUGAGAGAUAAUCCGAAUACAAAUCUGUUAAUAUUUAGCAUUUUAAUUAAUUCUAUAAAACCAGAAAAGAAAAUCAGAGAAGUUCACAUUAGGAAUAAAGAUUUUUUGAAGAGAAGUAGAAUUGAUGAAUUGUGCUUGGAUCUGAAUGAUGAGGAAGUUCGGAUGUCAAAACGGAAGAAGAGACGAAUCGAUCGAAAAAAGAGAGAGAACAUAUCAUACGACAAGGAAGAAAUGAAGAAAACGUUUCAUAAUUACGACACAGAUGAUAGUAUUGUACAUUCAUCUAAAGAAGAAUCUACGGAUGGGUCUUCCUCUGACAAGAACAGUGAGACUAGCGAGAAUGGCAUCCAUGAGGAUUCCAACUUUUUACAAAAUGCCAAUCUAAUGCAUCAAACAAACAAUAGCGAUGCAGAGUAUGAAAACAUACUUGACGAAGAUCAAGUUAAAGACUAUGAUGUUAUCAAAAGGAGAAAGAGCAAAUUGGAGUUUAAAAUGAAAAAUAGAAAGAACAAUUUAUUUAUAAGUGCAAAUGUAGAAAAAAGAAUAUAUGCUAGAUUAUAUUCAAGCUGUUGGUUUUAUUUCAUAACAACAUUUAAUCAUAAACAUUCCAUGAUUCUGCAGUUGUUGCAUUCAAUUCCUAUAUGUGUAUUUCCAUAUACAAAUAAUCCUUAUUAUUUAAUUGAUUUUUUUAAUUAUUCCUUUUACUCUUCACCAAGUUUGUACACUUCUCUUGCCUCUCUCCCUGGUAUAUUUUAUAUUCUGACCGAAUUAAAUGUAGGAAAUUUAUUGGACAAGGAAGAUACUGUUAACAUAUCCUCUAAUGUUGAGAAUGCGGAGGCUGAUGGAGUCAAGAAGGACGACAAUCAAAGUGAACAAGAGGAUAUAGAGAAAAAAAAUGUACAAGACGAAAACAACAGCACAGAUGAAAGUGAGGAAGGAAGUAAUGAUCUAAACAGUGAUGACAAAGGGGAGAAAAAGUUAAAUGAUAACAUGUACACAGAUUACUAUAAGAGAUUGUUUGAACUUAUAACACCGGCAAGUUUUUACUACGCGGAUACAAGUUUUUUAAAAAUAAUUCAUGUAUCCAUAAAAAAUCAAAUGAUCCCAAUACAUUAUAUAAUAUCUUUUUUGAAAAAACUUCUCCGUGUUGCUUGCUUAACGUCUUAUAACAUAUCUAUAAACAUCCUGAGUGUGGUAUACGAUUUGUUGAUUUGUUUCAAAAGUGAACUGAAAGAUGCAAUGGCACUUUCUGCUUCUGUUUUUAUGAACAUAGACAUCAAGAAGGAUUUUUUUUGCUAUGAAAAUUUGAAUAAAAAUUUUGACAAAAAUAAAAUCGUAGAAAUUUUGAGGGCGAAUGCCAAAAUAUUACGUGAUGGAGGAGGAGGAGCAUGGGAGGUGGAUCAAAACGAUUAUGUUGAGAAGGAGAAAAAUUUUGUUCACAAUUUGGAAAAUGUGAAGAGGGAAAAAGAUUAUCAUCAUCAACAUCAACAGCAGCAUCAACAUUGUGUUGUUAUGACAGAGGCGGCUGAUAAGUCGUUAUGUGUGGAGAUACAUAGGACAGAAAAGGAUAUUAAUAUCCCACAGGGUUUGGACAUGAAUGUGACUAAUACGUUUGAGAAUGACACCCAAAGAGGUGAAGAUACCAAUGUAUCAUGUUCGACGAAAAAAUUAUUCAGCCUUCAGGAAUGCUUACCAAACAAGUAUCAAAUAAAUAUGAAUACGCUAAACAGAAAGGAGUUGUACAUGGUCAAUCAUAUAUUCUACGAGAUAAUCCUCCUGAACAACCAUUUAUGCGACAAUUUGAAAUAUUAUUCGAACGUGUACCACUACAACUUCAACAACGAUUCAUCUCUUAAGCCUCAUAUGCUUUAUACCAACCCGAGUAAAUUUAAUUUGGAAAUGGAGGAUUCUCUCUUGGGUUUUUUAAAAAAUUUUUUAAGUUUUAAAAAAAAAAAAGAAACGGACAUACUGCCCUCUGUGGAACAGAAGGAAUUUUCGACAAUCUUUUUGUGA